UGCUUUUCAACCCCUAUUGUUUGAUUGAAAACGACGCAAAAUAUUAAAAUGGCCCGCCCCUCAGAUGUUUCUAAUUCAAAUAUUGUCCCGAAAGAAGAGGACGAAGAGGGCGAAUCUCACCCAGGGGAAAAUAGUAGAGAAGAUAACAGUGAAGUUUGGAGCGAGGGGGAGGAGGAUGGACCGGAGAGUGAGAUAGAGCUAGGAGCGGACUCGGAUCCGAGUGCGGUCACCGCCGUAUUGCGCGUGAGACCCAACGGCGCCGCAGAUCCAGACCACAAUCUGGAACAGACAAUCCUUAUCGCGCUGCACCCUGAUUUCCCGGGGCUAUCUGGAGAUUCUAAAGGGCAAGAUGGUGACAAUAAAGAAAAAGAGCCAGAGGACGCCGGUAAUGCCGAAAAUGCCGAAAAUGCAGGUAACGAUGGUUCACGCAGGCGGGCAGCUAUAGUCUUUCACCUCUUUCACAAUGGGGAAUCGGUAUCGACAACAACGUGGCGUACUACGCAUGAGGAUUAUAUUUCUCCGGAAACGCCAGAUUGGGAGUGGCUGGUAAGCGGCGAGGUUGAUUUCACGGAGGUGAAUCCAAUACGCGGCAGCGCGUUACCGGAGGAGGGAGAGGGACGCCGGUUGUUACCUCAGGAAUGGUUGACCAGGCGCUUUGAAGGUGGCGCGCAUAUAGACACGCCACAGCAACCUCGGAAUCCUGUAGAACCCAUUCCUAUACCAGCUCAGGACCAAGGUCGAGAGAAUAUCAAGAUUAUAGCCCUAAUUUGUAUUCUUUUGAGCAUGAUGAUCUUUUGGACAUCUUUCCUCCUUCCAAGAAUAUCAAUGGCGGACAAGCGAGGGAACGUGUAUUCAUAACGGCAGAAAGAGUUGACUAGUCACGUACUUCAUAUACCCAGGAACAGGACCCAUGUAGCAAGUAGCAUUGGAUCAAGCUCUUUUGGUACUAAAGGGGAGGCUAAAGGGGAGGCUGCUUUAGAUGUGCAUAUCACGAUCUAAUUAUUCUCCUAUGUAGAUACCUAACACUAUAAUUACGGACGUGGUAACCUUGAGA